AUGGAUGGAGCGAAUCACUCUAUGGUGUCAGAGUUCAUGUUCCUGGGACUCACCAAUUUCUGGGAGAGCCAACUCCUCUUUGUGUUCUCCUCCAUUUUUUGUGUGGCAAGCAUGUUGGGAAACUCCCUCAUCAUUCUCACUGUGAUGAUGAACCCUCACUUACACUCCCCCAUGUACUUUCUGUUGGCCAACCUCUCCUUCAUUGACCUGGGAGUUUCUUCUGUCAUUUCUCCCAAGAUGAUUUAUGACCUUUUCAAAAAACGUAAAGUCAUCUCCUUUAGUGGCUGCAUCACUCAGAUCUUCUUCAUCCAUGUCAUUGCUGGGGUGGAGAUGGUGCUGCUCAUCGCCAUGGCCUUUGACAGAUAUGUUGCCAUAUGUAAGCCUCUCCACUAUUUCACCAUUAUGAGUCGAAAAAUGUGUAUUUUGCUCCUGGUUGCUGCAUGGAUAAUUGGCUUGAUUCACUCUGUGGUUCAACUAGUUUUUGUUAUAAAACUGCCGUUCUGUGGCCCUAAUGUAUUAGACAGCUUUUACUGUGACUUUCCUUGGUUCAUCAAACUUGCCUGCACAGAUACCUACAGACUGGAGUUCAUGGUCACAGCCAACAGUGGAUUCAUAUCCCUGGGAUCAUUCUUCAUAUUGAUCGUCUCCUACAUUUUUAUCCUCAUCACUGUUCAGAAACACUCUUCAGGUAGCUCAUCUAAGGCCCUCUCCACUUUGUCAACUCAUGUUUGGGGGAUGUGGUGA